AGUGCAGUGUGAUACUGCUUUUCUCUGUGUGUUUUCUUUCUGUCUCUUGCACUGAAGGCAGGUCUUGCUGCGUGUGUGGGACGCUUCCCCUCAGGCUCUCCCUGUUUUCCCUGUUGACCCUCCUUCCUCCCUCCCGGACUGACCCACUUCAACCCAGACUGACCCAGACCCCUACUUUCAGAACUGGACAUUAUAUAGGGCCUUCUACAUCCCUGCGCUAGCUGUGGGAUAGGUGCUGUCUUCCAUGAGCUUAUAAGCAGAGUGGUUCUUCCUCCUACGUCUUCAGUGUUUCUGUACUGGAUGUGCAGUCAGAUGUGGACAUAGCUCAAGGAGUAUUUUUUGUCCUUUGGAACCUGCACACGCGUGAUCAUUUGUCUGAAGAUCCGUAAAGCCAAUGUGUGUGCAUGUGUAUGCACCUCUCAGCACGCAUACAGAGCUGUCUUAGCACAUAUACAAAGUUUUCUCCUCAAGAUCCAGCUACCUGCAGUAUUUAGGAUACUCUGACAUUUAACUCCAGUCAACAGUUGUUUGUGCAUUGCCUAGAAGAAGUAAUUUUCUUCUAACUGGAGCAGGUGAAGCCUUACGCGACAACUUUAUUGCACCUCGGACAUCCCCUCUCUGAGAAAACAGGGCUGCUCUGACCACACUUCCACUUGGAAUGGAUCCCAAAGUUUCAGAAGGAGGCCUGAAUGUUACUCUCACUAUACGACUACUCAUGCAUGGCAAGGAAGUCGGCAGUAUCAUUGGAAAGAAAGGGGAAACUGUAAAGAAGAUGAGAGAGGAGAGUGGUGCAAGGAUCAAUAUAUCUGAAGGCAACUGUCCUGAAAGGAUUGUGACCAUCACCGGCCCAACAGAUGCAAUAUUCAAAGCAUUUGCAAUGAUUGCAUAUAAAUUUGAAGAGGAUAUCAUCAGUGCGAUGAGCAACAGUACAGCCACUAGUAAACCACCUGUAACUCUUCGAUUAGUUGUUCCAGCCAGUCAAUGUGGGUCACUGAUUGGCAAGGGAGGAUCCAAAAUUAAAGAGAUCAGGGAGUCAACAGGUGCUCAAGUUCAGGUGGCAGGUGACAUGCUGCCCAAUUCUACUGAACGUGCAGUGACCAUCUCAGGGACCCCUGAUGCAAUAAUCCAGUGUGUGAAGCAGAUCUGUGUUGUCAUGCUAGAGUCUCCCCCGAAAGGUGCCACCAUCCCUUACCGCCCAAAGCCCGCCACAACCCCUGUCAUUUUUGCAGGUGGUCAGGUAAGAGCCGAUCCUCUGGCAGCCUCCACAGCCAACCUCAGCCUCUUGCUGCAACACCAGCCUCUGCCUGCCUACACAAUUCAGGGACAGUAUGCCGUUCCACACCCAGAUCAGUUGACCAAGCUCCACCAGUUGGCUAUGCAGCAAACCCCUUUCAAUCCCCUUGGACAGACCACCCCUGCCUUCCCUGGUCUGGAUGCCAAUCCCCCGGCCAGUACUCAUGAACUCAGCAUUCCCAAUGAUCUAAUAGGUUGCAUAAUUGGGCGACAAGGGACAAAAAUCAAUGAGAUCCGGCAGAUGUCUGGUGCACAAAUCAAAAUUGCUAAUGCUGCAGAAGGUUCAUCGGAGCGUCAGAUUACUAUCACAGGAACUCCCACCAACAUCAGCUUAGCACAGUACCUCAUCAAUGCCAGGCUAACAACUGAGGUCACAGGAAUGGGCACACUUUAAAUACUACCCAGCAUCCUCUGCUUUGCACCAGACUAACCUUAUCAAGCCAUGGAGCUGCACCCAGCUUGUACAAUCUCUUUGUGACGGUUCUUCCACUUAUGAGUUCAACAGAACGUGUUCUUUGGUUUAAUAGCAUAUAUAAGCUAUAGACAUAUACAUGUACAUGAGUCUUCUAUGUUAUUUGUUUCAGAAAAUUUCCUAAAUGUAUCCCUGACCUGGUAACUGAUACUCCGGAUCUCUCCAUUCUUUAAGUAUAUAGCUUAACCUUAUCUAUGUAUUCUAUUUCAUGUUCUUUUUGUUUAAAGAGAAUGUAAAACUUCAGUAUGCAAAGUGUGAUGAUGUAGAAUGACUUUUUCUCUAAUGUAGAAAUUUAGACAAUUUGGGGAUGAGAUUUAUUCAGCUUUUACAAUAUAUGGUGAAACAGAUAUGCUCAGUUAAAUAUAUAUAGUUCCAGUGAUGAAUUCUCAUUCUGGAAAAAUACGUAUUCCUAAUAAAAUGUAAUGGUAUGAUAA